CUUGCUUCAUUCCCCGUAUCAGAGGUAAUCACGCACUCCAAGAAAACAGAGCUAGUUGAAUCAAAUAGUUAUUUUUUGUGUUGUUAUAGCACUUUGACUUCAGAUGUCGCAGAGAGUAAAAAAAUUGUUCACAAGGGUUAUAUGUAGGUCGACGAAAUUCCUUAGACUCUCCUUAGACGUCUCACAUUUCUGUCUCAUUUUACAGUUUACACGGAUCCAUGGAUCGCGUGUCCAAUCGACAGAGUAGAAGAUCUUGAGCCCGACAAGUCCACAGUGGUGCUUGGAUUCAAGUGGCAGCUUCCACGAACCAACAUGAAGAACGUGACAGUGUCGCCUAGCAACUAUGAUGAGAAUUAUCCCUUCCCUGUUGGUAACCACCGGGUCACGUGGAUGGGGACAAGUGACAGUGGAACACAGAUAAGCUGUAGCUUCCAUAUCUCUGUGAAUGACGUGACCUCGCCCUCAGUCCAAGGUUGUCCCGCGUCAUUCUCAGAUAAGACCGACUCUCUUCAAAAGCAGGUCACGUGGACACCGCCGACAUUCACUGACAAUGUAGGCGUGGCCAGUGUGUUGUCCAAUCGUCAGCCAGGAUUCGAGAUGCAGACUUACACGUCAUUAACAAUACAAUAUACUGCUAGUGAUGCAGCAGGAAAUGUCGCUUAUUGUACUUUUAAUAUCACUCUGGAAGGGUCCACUUGCAUCAAGGUUCUUAAUCCGAAGAAUGGCCUUGCAACUCAGUUUGGUCUUCUCCUGCAGCUCAGGUGCAAUGACGGGUACUUCUUUAACCCGUUUCCCCCCGGAUUGCCAGAUCGCUUUGAGAAUCCUUCUUACAGGUGUCUUGGCAACAAGUGGGUGUCUCAGAAUGAUCNAAUGUCGCUUAUUGUACUUUUAAUAUCACUCUGGAAGUAUUAUCUUACAGGGUCCACUUGCAUCAAGGUUCUUAAUCCAAAGAAUGGCCUUGCAACUCAGAUUGGUCUUUUCCUGCAGCUCAGGUGCAAUGACGGGUACUUCUUUAACCCGUUUCCCCCCGGAUUGCCAGAUCGCUUUGAGAAUCCUUCUUACAGGUGUCUCGGCAACAAGUGGGUGUCUCAGAAUGAUCUCAAGUCUGUCUUAACUAAGGCACCGGACUGCAUGGUCUACGUGGUUUUCGAUGGUACACCUUGCCAGGGCGGUUCCAUAAUGUUGGAUAGUAGCAUUUGCUUGAACUGUCCUCCUGGAACAUACAGCGACGGCAAAACUAACACAUGCAAAGACUGCAUCCCUGGAUUUUAUCAGGACGAAGAGGGAAAAACAGAAUGCCAGCCCUGUCCGAAGAACUCUUCCAGCGUCAUAACGGGAUCCAAAUCAAGUGCAGAUUGCAAACGUAAGAUAAAAUAA